UGAUGGCACCUAUAUAACCCAUAGAGCGAUCUCACAACACGAAGAGGAGAGCUGAGAAGAAGAAGAAGAGAAGAUGGGCAACAGCCUACGGUGCUGUUUGGCUUGCGUUCUUCCCUGCGGCGCGCUCGACGUCGUCCGAGUCGUCCAUCUCAGUGGCCAAGUGGAGCUGUACAGUCGCCCUGUCUCUGCCAGGGAAGUUCUGGCGGCUCACCCCAACCACGUCAUCAGCAAGCCGUGCUCUCAGGGAGUCGUCCGCAAGAUCUUCAUGCUGUCGCCGGACUCGGAGCUGAAGAGAGGCAAUAUCUACUUCUUGUUACCAGAAUCAGCGUUGCCGGGGAAGGAGAGGAAGAAGAUUCACCGGAAAAGGCCCCAGAAAACUGGUGGCGACGUCGUCGUUGUCAAAGACUUGGAUCAUGACAACUCAGUUGAGCAGGAAGUCGUUUCGACGAAGGUGUGUCACCGCCGGCGGCGGAGUGGCCGAGUUGGAGUAUGGAGGCCGCAUCUCGAGACCAUAUCAGAAGACUGAGACUGUGGCAUCGCCGUGUUUUUUCAUGCAUCGGGGAUAGCAAUUUUUAGUGGUCUCUCAGUUGCUGCUUUUAUUUAUUUCUUCCUCUAUCGCUCUCUCUCUCUCUCUCUCUCUCUCUCUCUCUCUAAUGUACAUUUUGCUGUGACCAAAUUUUCUUUUUCCUGCCACCUCAUGAAAAAGAGUGGAAGUUGUGAAUCUUUUUUUGUGAUCUGUUCUUCGGAGGAAGGACACAUCAAAAUGGACAAGAAAUAAUUAUUUUGGUUCAAAUUUGGAUGUAACAAAGCCGAAUAACUAUCUCA